AUGAGAAAAAUAUGGACCCCCAUAAGAAGAUCAGAAGAUCAAAAGGAAAUAAAGAACAACUAUGAUGAAGAAAUAAAAGAAAAUUUUGAAAAAUCAUUACCAGAAGAUUUUAUAGAAAAUAACAGGAACAACAGAAUCCCAUAUUUUGAAAUAAAGGAAGCCACACUGAUUGAACAAAAGGAAAAGAAAGAAGCUCAAAAAAUAUUAGCUCGGGAGUUACGAGAUAAAUGCAGGGCCGAAAUUGACGAAUACGUGGAAUGCUCGGUUGGAAGGUUAUGGACAAUAUUAAAAUGCAAAGACUUGAUGAUUGAAAUGAGAAGAUGCUUGAAGAAAUAUGAAAAUUUUGAAUAUGUGAAGUUCAGGGAAAAGCAAAUUUUGGAGGAAAGGAAGAAAAACGGAACAAGCUUACAGAGAUCGGACGAAAGGGCCAGAUACAAUAGAUUUGUUUAUACGGACAUGGAAAAAGGAUGGAUCCCAGAAAGGCCACAUUGA